CAGCCGUCGUAGCGCUCGCUCAGCUGGCGCGGAGAUUAGUUUCCGAGUGUUCGGUGUGGUUCGGCGUUCGUUUCGUUUCGUUUUGUUUCGCGUUUCCUGAGUCAUUUUCGAAUUUCACUUUUAACUGUUUGUAGGCAAGCGCGCCAACUCGAACGUACCGUUACCGCUGCACGUUACGGUUAUUUAUCAUCAACCUAGCAUGACAAGGCUCAAUUAGGCCGCCUAACGCUUUCAUCCAACCACCAACCACCAAACACCAAGCACCAGCAGCGGUCUGGACUCAAAACUCAUUCAGACAUAAACCAAGAUCUAGAACUAGAGCUUCUUCCCGCCACGCAUCGCACCACUGACCUCCUGCGGGCGAGCCAAGGCCGGCAGCAGCUGGCGGUUGAGCAGGCUUACCAUCUCCAUCUCCCUUCCCAACGCCACAUUUCUCUGCAUUUCUCUGAGCUGAACCAUCUUCUAAUACCAUCUUCUGCCGAAACCGCAACCGCAACCGCAACCGAAACCGAAACACGAAUAAAAUGAAUUAUCAGAAGGCCAGUGAAAAGCAUUCGCCGUCCUCAUUGAAGCAGAGGCCGUCGGGCACCAGCGGCAGCAUACAAAACUUUUGGAACGAACGCAUUAUGGAGCGCUUUAUAAAGGCGAAUCUAUUCAUUAUAUGCUGCGUGGUGGCUGUUCUAUUGCUGAUUGUCUACCUGGGGGCCUUCUCGUGUGAGGUCUCGUGGAUACUGGAGGCCCACGGAGAGCUUCCCUUCGCCGCCUACACCCUGUGCACCCUCUACUUUGUGAUGUUCGUGGCGACCACGAUCCUGAUCCACGGUCUGGUCAGCGGUCUGUGCUGGCCCCUGUUCGCCUGGUCAGGCAUCAUUGGCCUUCUCUCCAUCCCGGAGCUGGUCUUUGUGAUGAUCAUGACCACGCAACACUGGGGCCUGCAGUCGGUGCACGGACUGACGGAGCUAACCUCGUACCUGAUCCGCCUGAUCAUUAACUGCUUGGCGUUGAUCUGCGUCAUCCCCACGGGGAUUCGGUGGCGCCGCGAGACGCAGGUGCUCAGCCAGCUGCAGGGCCUGGCCACGCGACUAUCUCUGCAGACCCCGGCACCCAGCGUGCCCAUGACCAAGGCGGACUCUAGGCGUUCCAGUCAGCGGCUGAGUGGCUUCGAGAAUGCCGGCUAUCAGCUGUGCGAUGAAACGGCCAAGCUGCCCCUGGGCCCCGGCUUGGGGAUGGGACUGAGCAACCAGUGCGGCAGUGGCAGCCAGGCCUAUGGCUCCCAGAACGAGUUCAAUGCCAGCAUGUUUGCCCCGGCCUUGGCCCAACAGUUCAACAACGCCGCCCAGGUGCAGCGUGCGGCUGGAGGAGGUGGAGGAGGACCUCCGGGACAUCGCGCCCAGUCUCUGAUGGACUUGCGCUGCACCUUGCCGGGAAUGUACAAUCCCCGCCACGUCCUGGACACAGAGGACAAGAAUGCCAAGUACUUCAACAUAACCAUCGACGACCUUAAGAACAAUCUGCAGGACUCGCAUCGGCCGUCGCCACCCUCACUCAUCGGCUCCACCAGCAACGAUCCCAUCUACUGCUCCAUCGAGCCCAAGCAGAUGACCCCACCGCCUGCCCAACAGCGUUCGCAGCACGGACAUCGCCCUAGGGGCAGCCACAAGCAGCCGCCGCCCGGCCAGCUGUCGAGGAACUGCAUCUCCCUGGAGAACCUGGAAGGAAUCAACAAGGUGCAUAAUGACCUGAAUGCCUACGGCAACAACCUGCUGCAGAACUACACGCAGCAGCAGCAGUACUACCUGGCCAUGCUGCUCAAUCCCCUCCACCAGCAACAGCAACAGCAGAUGCAGCAACUGCAACAGCACCACCACCAGGCGGCAGGGGGCAUCUACCGCAGGCCGUCCACCUGCAGCUCGAUCGGUGGAUUCACCGGAACGGUGCUCGCCCAGCCGCGGCGCGGCUCCCACCACAGCCAGCAGAUGCAGUACUACGGGGGCUUUGGGUAUGCCAACUAUGCUAAUCCCUACAUCACGGCCAACAGUAAGCUGUCGCUGGGCAACGAGUCCGACGACUACCGCAAGUACCGCGAUGUGGCCCUGUAGGCGGUCCAGAUCCAGUCCAGUCCAGUCAGCGCUUAGAUUAAACUUAUAUUAUAUGUAUAUUGUAGGACAUGCUCGAAUUAGAAUGAGAUUCCUCGGAAUAACGACCAAAGAGCCACAAACUAACUCAGUUUCCGUUCGCAAACCAACACGUGAGGAGGAAGCGACAAACUCCAGAAACUUGUUGAAAUCAUCGACUAACUAACUAGCAACAUCAACUAGAUGUACCCUAAGUUUAGACGUAAGCAUCGACAGCGAACAUUCAUCGUUUAAUAUUGUAGCUAGGAAUACGAAUACGAAUACGAAUAACAAUACUCGAUUACUCGAACUGAUCGGCAGUCCCAACCAUUCACAGACAGAUCGAAAACUGUACAUAUUUGUAAUUAAAAGCAAUCAUGUUUCA